GCGCUUCCUGUCCGGUGAGCGUCGAACGACUGAAGCGGCGGCCCAUAAUGCACUGCGGCGGCGGGUAGGCGUGCGUGGGCGGGGCCAGGGCCGGAAGUGGAACGGUGUCGGCGGCGGCGGCGGCGGCUCUGGCAGCUCGGGACGCAGUGCAAGUACCAGAGAUUCACCAUGAUUCUCCAGAGGAUCUUCAGGCUCUCCUCUGUCCUUCGGUCAGCAGUCUCUGUGCAUUUGAGGAGGAACAUUGGGGUUACAGCGGUGGCAUUUAAUAAGGAACUUGAUCCCAUACAGAAACUCUUCGUGGACAAGAUAAGAGAGUACAAAUCAAAGCGACAGACAUCUGGAGGACCUGUUGAUACUGGCCCCGAGUAUCAGCAAGAACUGGACAGAGAGCUUUUUAAGCUUAAACAAAUGUUUGGUAAAGGAGAUAUGAAUACGUUCCCUACCUUCAAGUUUGAAGAUCCCAAAUUUGAAGUCUUCGAUAAGCCCCAGGCCUGAAGAAUAUUAUAAAAUUCAUCUGGUAAUUUGUCAUGAAUUAGUUGUACAACUAAUUUUAAAAAUUCAAAUAAACAUCCAUUUCACAGUUAUCAAA